CCCCACACACGCGUUUUGGCCUGGCUCUUUAUUUACUCGGAAAUACAUCUGGCGACGACCAUUAUAGGAACAGAAUUGGGGCUUUUGUGCUGACAUUCCAAUUCUACGCCACUCCGGGAAGACAAGAUGUUGGUGAUACAGAGUCCUCGCAAAAACAAGGAGAAAGCACCCCAGGGAAGUCCGGAAAGGACACCGAGGCGGACAAAACCACCGACGGCGCCUUUCUUCGCUCCGAGGAAUCUGGCCGCUGACCUGCCAUCAUCCUCGAUACCUUCUUCUUCUCCGGCAUUCGGGACUCCCGUCCACCCCCUCAGACCCUUCAAUGUCGCAGCGCCAGCGAAGGCAGCCAUCCUACCCAUCCUCCUGCCUCCCGCAACAUUGCGACCGCUCGCGUUCCGGACGUUUACCAAGAAACACAGCUUGACCCUCACAUCCUCUGCGCUACAAGAGCUUGCAACAUUUAUAGGGCGGCAUUGCGGAUCAGGAUGGAGGGAAGAAGGUCUGGCAGAGAAGGUCUUGGAGGAAGUGGCCAAGUCGUGGAAGAACCGGAACGGAGGGGUUAUAGUUGAAGGGAGCAGCCCCGAGCUCCAGGAUAUCUUGAAGAAUUUGGAGGGCAACAUGAGCGGCGGAAAGAUCAUGACUGGUGGCCGGGGAUUGAGCCGCGAAAACAGCCUCAUGUUGGAGUCAUCCCAGGAUUCCGAUCACACGAAGACCCGACUUGGACUGAGGCCCACCACGCUUUCACGAGAGGAUAGCCAGACAAGCAUGGGCAUGGCUGGACUGGUUGUUGAAGAAGAGCCCGAUGACGAGACACUGAGCGAUCCGAGGAGGUGGCUAAAGGUUAUAGAUGCGUACGAGCAACCUCGCUUCACGUACAAUACCGGGAAGAAACACUUUGAGAGGGACACUUCAAAACCCACGCUCUUACCACCUGCGUCUCACAAGACAGACCUCUUCAGGAACAGAUUCAACGUCAUCCAUCAACGGCUCCUUCGCAAUGAAUCAUUCCAGACCUCGGCAGUUUCUGAGACGAGGGCCUCCCUAAGUCGAAACUCGUCUGCGCUUCAGUCCCACAAGAUCACCCCGAUAGCAAACCUUCUCGGCCGUCACGGCAGCCAUCACAUGCUCCUUGGGAUGUUGAUCAUCCUACCUUCAGGCGGCCUGGCGAUAAGUGACUUGACGGGUACGAUCGCACUGGACCUCUCACACGCGGCUGCCAUCCCAGAGGACUCGGCCUGGUUCACGCCAGGCAUGAUCGUCCUGAUCGACGGCGCCUACGAGGAAGAGGAAGAGUCGGUUGGCCUGGGCCUCAGCGGGAGCAGUGGAGUAGGCGGGACCAUCGGCGGCCGGUUCCAGGGGUUCUUCAUCGGGCAGCCGCCGUGCGAGAAGCGCAAGGCGACUCUCGGCGUCAGCGGCCCCGACGGCGGACCGGACAACACCAUCGGCGGCGGGUUCGGGUGGAUCGACUUCCUGGGCGUGGGCAGCGAGCGCGCCGUCGGCUGGAAGAUGCGCAAGCUCGAGAACCGCCUGUUGCGGCAGCCCGCCGCCGCGCGGGCCGACCCGGACGCGCCGCGCCGCGGCAGGGUCGUCAUCGUCGGCGAGCUCAACCUCGACCAGCCGCGGACCCUGCAGGCGCUCAAGAAGAUACUGACGCUCUACGCGGCGGAGCCGGAGGGUUCCACGCCGGUGGCCUUUGUGCUGACGGGCAACUUCACCACGCACGCCGUCAUGGCCCGUGGCGGCGGCGGCGGCAGCAUCGAGUACAAGGAAUCCUUCGAUGCGCUGGCCUCGACCCUCGCCGACUUCCCCACCCUGCUGACGGCGUCCACCUUCGUCCUCGUCCCCGGCGACAACGACGGCUGGGCCUCGGCCUUCUCGGGCGGCGCCGCGACCCCCCUGCCCAAGAAGGCCGUGCCCGCCCUCUUCACGUCGCGCGUGCGCCGCGUCUUCGCCGCCGCGAACGCAGAGGCCGGCCUGUCGGGCGCGGGGGACGCGGGCGCGGGCGGCGAGGCCGUCUGGACGUCCAACCCGAGCCGGCUCUCGCUCUUCGGCCCCAGCCACGAGAUCGUCCUCUUCAGGGACGACAUGUCCGCCCGGCUCAGGCGGUCCGCCGUCCGCCUCAAGCAGACCGCCGCCGGGACCACCGGACAAGCCGAGGGCGACGAGGGCGCUGCCGCCGGCGGCGGCGGCGGCGGCGAUGCUGGCAACAGCAACGACGACACGCCCAACGAUGAUGACCACGACGGCCACGACGACGCCGCCACGCCCGGUGCCCCGACCCCGGAAGAAGGCGACGACGCAAUGGACGUCGACCCGACUCCCGCCCCCGCCGCCCCCGCCGCCCGCGCACCAUGCAUCCCCUACGACGUCCGCGCGGCUCGCAAGCUGGUCAAGACGGUCCUGGACCAGGGCUACCUGGCGCCCUUCCGGCAGUCGGUGCGCCCCGCGCACUGGGACCACGCCGCGGCGCUGCACCUAUACCCGCUGCCCACGGCGCUGGCGCUCGUCGACGCCGGCGCGCCGGCCUUCUGCGUCACGUACGAGGGGUGCCAUGUCAUGAACCCGGGGGCCGUGCUCGUCGCCGGGCGGAGGGGCGUGGGUCGGUGGGUCGAGUACGAGGUUGGGAGGGUGGGGAGGGUGAGGGAGUGUUUGUUUUGA